AUGAGAAUUAAUACAGACUUGAUUUCAAAAUGUGCUCAAUACCUGAACGCUCUAAACUAGUAUCACAUAGAUAUGCGAGGCUACAAGAUACCAUUCAUUGAGAAUCUAAACGCCACAAAUGACUAGUUUUCAACAAUUGAUCUGACUGAUAAUGAGAUUGCUAGACUAGAAAAUUUACCUGGUCUUUUAAGACUAGAGACUCUUUUGCUUUCAAACAAUAGAAUAGCUAAAGUUGAUCCAACUUAUGCUGAAAUGUGCCCUAAGCUAGAAUCUCUGGUAUUAACAAAUAACAAGAUCAGUAACUUUCAAGAAAUAGAUAACAUUGCCACUGGCUCUAAGGGUACUCUUUUAAGACUCUCUCUGGUGGGUAAUAUCGUAACAAAUUUGCCAAAUUACAGAAUGUAUACAAUUAAUAAGAUGCCACACUUAAGAGUGUUAGACUUUCAAAAAGUCACAUAAAAGGAGAAAUAGGCUGCCAAAAAGUUAUUUGAGGAUAGCUCAAUCCUUGGUAAACAGAUUAUUAAAGAAAUGCAAGCAAGAUAACAAGAGAUUGAUGAGAGUUUAAGAAAGGAAGCUAAAUCAUCUAAGAAUUUGAUUGGAAUUCAGGAUGAAGCAAUUAAUCAUAAAAUUAGAGAACUUGAAGAAAAAAUCCUAAAUGCUCAAAGCUUAGAUGAAAUUUAGGUACUUGAAAAGCAAAUCAAAGAAUUGGAAGACUAGAAAGAGCUAUAAUGA